UCCACCACACGUCAAUGGAGAAGAAGAUGAGUGGCAAAUUCACCUCUGUGGGGUCUCUGGCUGUGGAACCAAGGGAUUUUCCAAUGAAAAGACUAUAUGUUUCAAUUACAGCCUGUUUUAGCAAGUCUUCCUUAUUCAAUUUCCAAGUCAAGUACCCUGUAGUGCUAAUCAGAGAAAAGAAGUAAAUACAAAAACGUUUGUUUUAUUUUAGUUUUGACUCUUUUGAGUAAUACAUUCUUCGUUGUGAUAUUUGUUUUUGCCAGUGAAUCGAAUUUUUGGGAUGGCCUUUGGCUCUGUUUUUGUUUUCUUCCUUCUCACAAACCUCUUGCUGCUUCACUCAGCUGAAGAAGAAAAGAGCACACGCCCAAAUUUUCCGUCCUUUCCAUGUGGAAAAUUCGGUACCAUUGGCUUUCCAUUCACCAAUGUCUCAUACCCAUCGUGCGGUUUACUGCCGGUAAAUUGUCAUGAAACACCUCCAAAGAUCCAACUGCCCCCACUGGGCUUGAGUGGAAAACCAUAUGAAGUUAUAAACAUCUCUUAAACAAACUUCACACAAUCCAUACGUACCAAGGACUUUUCACUUUUGGAAUUCUUGAAUACCAGUGAAUGCCAAUACUUAAUCAAUUUUACUCUUCACUACUCUCCAUUUAUCUCUUUUAAACUCACCACACCCAAUCUGACCCUAUUUAAAUGCAAUCGCAUUCCUAAUAUUACUUCCCCUUUGGAUCUUAAAUAUAUGAGCUGCGGAGAAUAUGAUCUCUACUAUAAUAAUUCGAAACCUGCUUUUGCUUCUCUAUGUCCAAUCAUUCAGCUCCCGGAAAAAUGGCACGCAAGUAAGUAUGGAUUCAAAUUGACUGCCGAGUACGACCUUAAAAUACAUGUAUCUGAUGCUUGUAGCAGUUGUUAUAGUAGAGGAGGUCUAUGUGAGCUUGGCAAGGAGGGAAAUUUUAAUUGUUCCGUUACGCCCAUUACAGAGAAAGGGAAUAAUACAGGGAGUAAUACAGGGAAUAAUGCAGGGAGUAAUAUAGGGAAUAAUGCAAGGAAUAAUACAGGGAGUAAUACAAGGAGUAAGAGAUUGAAUGUGAUGGUGAUAGCUACUUCAUCUGUUGCAAUUGGUGUUCUGAUGGUUAUAAUCUGCUGCUUCUUGAGAAAGUUCAAGAUAAUUAAAAGUAUUAAUUUUUGGAAGAAGUUCAAGUUAAUUAAAAGUAUUAAUUUUUGGAAGAAGGAAACUCUAACUCAUCAGAGUGUUGAGGCAUUUCUAAAAAGUCAUGGACCUCUUGUCGUUAGAAGAUACAAUUAUGCUGAUAUAAAGACAAUGACCAAGUCCUUUAAUGACAAAUUAGGCCAAGGGGGCUAUGGUAGUGUCUAUAAGGGGAAGUUACAAGACGGCUGUUUUGUGGCAGUGAAGGUUAUGAAAGAAUCGAAAGGUAAUGGAGAGGAGUUCCUUAAUGAGGUUGCAAGCAUUAGUAGGACCUCCCAUGUUAACAUUGUCACUCUUAAGGGGUUUUGCUUUGAGGGUUCUAAAAGAGCUCUUAUCUAUGAGCUUAUGCCUAAUGGAUCCCUUGAGAAGUUCAUAUAUAAAGGAAAUCCUUCAAGUUCUAAUCAUCAUUUGGGGUGGGAAACAUUAUACAAGAUUGCAAUUGGCAUUGCACGAGGCUUGGAGUACUUGCAUAGAGGUUGCAACACACGAAUUUUGCAUUUUGACAUAAAGCCUCACAACAUUCUUUUGGAUGAGAACUUUUGCCCAAAAAUUUCUGAUUUUGGCCUUGCAAAGAUAUGCCCUAGAGAAAAGAGUACUAUAUCAAUGGUCGGUGCAAGAGGAACUACUGGAUAUAUAGCUCCCGAAGUAUUUUGUAGAAGUUUUGGAGGGAUCUCUCACAAGUCAGAUGUCUAUAGCUAUGGAAUGAUGGUUUUAGAAAUGGUGGGAGGCCGAAAGAAUAUUGAUGUUAGUGUUGAUUUUACUAGUGAAAUAUAUUUUCCACAUUGGAUUUACAAGCGUCUUGAACUAAAUGAAGAAUUAGGAUUGUUAGGCCUUUUAGAGGAAGGAGAUGAAGACACCGCAAGAAAGAUGAUAAUAGUGAGUUUAUGGUGCAUACAAACUAACACCUCAAACCGACCAUCAAUGAGUAAAGUGGUGGAUAUGUUGGAAGGGAGUCUCGACUCUUUGCAAAUCCCCCCCAAACCUUACUUGUUUUCUCCGCCAAGAUCACCGAUAGAUUCUUCUACUGUAAUGAUGUCAAUGCAAUAUGACUCUAUGCACUAAAAUAUACUUUAUUUUAGGGGAAACAUUGAC